AUGACGUCCGCCCCGACAAUUCUGGCAACGUGCAAGCAGACACGGUUUCAUCUGCUAGAUGAUAACCCUUCGAAGGAGAUUGAUGUGGAUGGACUCAACAUCAUUGUCACAUCAUCUGCACCUGAAUCCACCGAAGAUACAUCGAAACCAAAGACUAAAGGGAAAUCAAAGUCCAAGGGUGCAGGGAGAGAGCUCAUCUCAGAUGCGCAUCUCCGACUCAAGGCAGGCAUUCACUAUGGAUUGCUAGGUCGCAAUGGAACCGGGAAAUCAACUCUCCUUCGGGCAAUGGCAGAGAAACUUAUCCCUGGCAUCCCGCAUGCGACUCGAAUGGCAAUUUUGCAACAGACGGACGAACAGAAUGAGAAACCUUUCGGCGGAGAACUCAAUCAGGAUAAAACUGUUUUGGAUGCCGUUCUGAGUAGCGACGAAACAAGGAACGAGACUACUCGGAUGGCGGAAUUCCUAUCGAAGAGCUUUGAGGCUGAAGAUCCAAUGCAGCCUGUGCGGGCAAUCCGAAAAAUCCGACACCAGAAAGCAGAAAAACACCUCUUCCUGGCACACAAGAACGCAAGUCUGAAGAGCGGUGCUCGAGGUCUGCAGGCAAGAAAAGACUUGAAGACUGCCGAGGGGAAGCUCGAGGCUACAUCGGAGAUGUUGGACCAGGAUGUAGACGCUAUUGAUGCGGAGACAGUCCAGUCAGAUACCCAAGCUGCUGUUGAGACACUACAAAAUCUACAGUCUCAACUUGAAGAUAUGAAACUCUCCGAUAUGGAGCAACAAGCUCGUCGUAUUCUCCUAGGUCUCGGCUUUAAAGAAGACGGAUUGCAGAAAAAAGUCUCUACGCUCUCAGGUGGUUGGCGUAUGCGAUGUAUGCUAGCCAGUGUUCUAGUCCAAGAUCCCGACAUCAUGAUCCUCGACGAACCGACCAACUUCCUGGAUCUUUUGGGAGUGGUGUGGCUGGAGAGCUACUUAAAACAACUCCGCGACACAUCAGAGACAACUAUCGUCUUGGUCUCGCACGACAGAGAUUUCAUCAACGCUGUCUGCGAGGAGAUUGUCAUUCUACGAGAUCAGAAACUGACGUAUUUCCGAGGAAACCUGUCAGCUUACGAGCAAGAUUUCGAGGACCAGAAGCUCUAUCUGGGGCGCAUGAAGGAGGCCCAAGAGCGGCAGGUUGCACAUAUGGAAGCCAGUAUUCGGGAGAAUAUGAAGGCCGGGAAGAAGAACAAUGACGAAAACAAGCUGCGACAAGCCAAAUCGCGGCAGAAGAAGGUCGAGGACCGGAUGGGUCUUCAAGUCAGCGCGACCGGGGGGCGCUUCAAGCUGAACCGUGAUCUGGUCGGGUGGCAUGAGCACAAUCGAGCUGAGAUCGAGGUGCCAACAGAUGAAAAAGGGGCCACUAUGAGUUUGCCCAACGCGACAGAGUUGCGGUUCCCCGGACCGUUGGUAUCGCUUGAAGGUAUUGUUUUCCAGUACAAGAAAACCGACCGUGUCAUCCUGAAUGACGUGAACUUGGUCAUUCACCUGGGUGAUCGUGUCGGGAUUAUGGGUCUUAAUGGAUCAGGAAAAACGACUCUGCUCCGUGUUUUAACGGGUCAAGUAUCUCCUUCCAAGGGAAAGGUAUCAACCCACUCCCGGUUGAAGUUGGGAUACUAUAGCCAGCAUUCUGUGGAAGAGCUGCAAGAGCGUGGCCGAGGCGAGCCUAGUUUAACUGCACUGGGCUUAUUGACAACCGAAACUGAAGGAGCCCUGAAUGAAGGCGCUAUUAGAGGUCUACUUGCUUCAAUGGGGUUAGCAGGCCGUAUUGCAUCUGAUGUCCCUGUUGCCAAACUAUCAGGUGGACAAUUGGUCCGACUUGCAUUAGCUCGAAUUGUCUGGAGUGCACCACAGCUUCUCAUUCUUGAUGAAAUCACCACGCAUUUGGAUUUCCAUACAGUUACUGCAUUGGCUACGGCUCUCUCCUCCUUCGAUGGUGCUGUGCUUUUAAUUUCGCACGAUCGUUUCCUUGUUCGAUCUGUAAUCGAGGGCAAGCGAGAUACCGAGCAUAAACUUGAUGAAGAUUUCGAAGGACUGGAGGAGGAAGAGACCGAGGAAACGCCAAGACGUCGGUCUGUCUAUGUGAUUAAACAAGGCAAGAUGGAGGAACAGAAGAAUGGAGUGGAGCAGUUUGAAAAGAGCUUGGUGAAGCGGAGCACUCGUGCCGUAUCAGGACAUAACGUCACCGUCGCCCCUGGAUUGCCUCCGCAUCCCCCGACCGAACCCUCGAGACUAUCAACACUCAAGUCUGCGAAGCCCUUCUCCGACUUCCUUACCGAUACUUUCAAUCGUCAACAUGACUAUCUCCGCAUUAGCGUUACGGAACGGUGCAAUCUUCGGUGUCUGUACUGCAUGCCCGAGGAGGGCAUAGACCUCUCGCCCUCUGCGAAACUGCUUACGUCCCCGGAGAUCCUAUACCUAUCGUCGCUAUUCGUUUCACAAGGUGUUACCAAAAUCCGACUGACAGGUGGGGAGCCAACGGUUCGCAAAGACAUCGUACCGUUGAUGCAUGACAUUGGCAAGCUGCGAUCAAAUGGGCUUCGGGAAUUGUGCCUGACAACCAAUGGGAUCUCAUUACAUCGCAAAUUGGACUCAAUGGUGGAGGCUGGGCUGACAGGAGUCAAUCUCAGCCUCGACACGCUAGAUCCUUUCCAGUUCCAGAUCAUGACAAGACGCAAGGGAUUCGAUGCUGUGAUGAAGAGCAUCGACCGAAUUCUGGAAAUGAAUAAGGUCGGUGCGGGAAUCAAGCUGAAGAUCAAUUGCGUUGUUAUGAGAGGAAUGAAUGACCGAGAGAUCCUCCCGUUCGUGGAAAUGGGUCGCGAGAAAGCGAUUGAAGUACGUUUCAUCGAGUAUAUGCCUUUCGGUGGAAACAAAUGGAACCAGGGAAAGAUGUUCUCGUAUCAGGAGAUGCUGGCUGUUAUCCGAGAGAAGUAUCCCACAUUCGAAAAAGUGGCCGAUCACAAGAAUGACACGAGUAAGACAUACCGUGUUCCUGGGUUCGAAGGCCGUGUGGGAUUUAUCACGAGCAUGACACACAACUUCUGUGGUACCUGCAACCGAUUACGCAUUACUAGUGACGGUAAUCUCAAAGUUUGCCUGUUCGGUAACUCCGAGGUCUCCUUGCGGGAUAUCAUUCGCAAGGAGAACGGUGGGAACCCAAUUGAUGUGGAUGCAAUGAACAAUUUGCAGUUGUUGGAAACAGUACAAAAUGCAGCGCGCCUUAGUGACGAAGGUGGCUUGGUGAAUGAGCGAGAACGUGAGAUUCUCGAUAUCAUCGGCAUGGCAGUGAAACGAAAGAAGGCGAAACACGCCGGCAUGGAGCAACUAAAGGAUAUGAAGAACCGCCCUAUGAUCUUGAUUGCUUCCCAAAGUCGUCUCUACCACACUGGGCGAUCUAAACCAGAGCCCAAAGAAUGUACUCCUCGCCCAUCUCCCUCUCUACCCACUACCUCCGACGCCGACCUCCCUCACCUUACACCAUCCAAGACUGUGCACAUGACCCAGAUCACCGAAAAACCCGAAACAAAGCGCGUCGCCACAGCCGCAUGCACGGUUUCAUUCUCGAACCCACGACCCUGGGAAAUCCUUCGUGAAGGCCAAACCACGCACAAAGGCGACGUCUUCAGCGUUGCCCGAAUUGCUGGUAUCAUGGCUGCAAAAAGAACGCCCGAUAUUGUACCCCUUUGUCAUCCCGGCAUUGGCAUUACCGGGGUCGAGGUCAGCGUGGAAUUAGUUGAGCCCGGGCAGAAUAGGGAUCACGGCGCCAUGCAUGUCGUGGCGUCGGUCAGCUGCUUUGGUCGCACAGGAGUCGAAAUGGAGGCUAUGACAGCUACUAUGGGUGCAGCUUUGACAAUUUAUGAUAUGCUUAAGGCUGUGGAUAAGGGGAUGAUCAUUGAUUCUGUUAGAUUGUUGGAGAAACAAGUCCGCAAGUCGCGGAGGAAGAUCGGGAACGCCAUAAUGGCAGUGCUUCCGCCCUUGAAUUUCUUGACGCUACAUUAUUUCUAUUUCAUUGCUACAAGCAUAAUUGCUAGUAUCAUUUUUUACUUGACAUCGACGCCACAUCUCAACGUUACUUAUGUGGACUCGAUUUUCCUGUGCGUCAGUGCUAUGACCGGUGCUGGAUUGAAUACGGUGGAUUUGUCAACUCUGAACAGCUUCCAACAGGCAAUUUUGUUCACCCUGCUUAUUCUGGGCCAUGCCAUUCUCAUCUCCCUCACUGUACUUCUAGUACGGAAGAGGGCAUUCGAGGCAAAAUUCAAAGGUGUCUCCGAUGAGCGGGAAAGAGAACGGUCUACUCGUAACCACUCAGAAGUUGAGCUGCAGGUCAGGGACCGGGAACCCGCUCACGGAAGCACCGGUACUAAUCUGCCCGGCGAGAGCACCGAAGGACAUGGCUGUAAUCCAUGCCCAAAGUCGUCCGUACAAGUCCGAGUGACCCCGGGAGAGUCAUCUUCCCGUGACGAACAGCCUUGGGUUGACGACGACCAAAUAACUAUCGGCGGUACACCCCGUCAUCAUCAGCACCGAGUCUUUCCCAUGGCUGGCAUUGGGGCGAGACCAGAUCUGCAUAACCACCCCCGAGACGCAGCGCCAAAUGUUCCAUUGGCCGUAAAGGAUUCGGCGUCUGGCUUCAAGGGAAUUCUCCGUGGUACACAGAAGUACAUGGCGUCCAAGGGACUUGUGUCCCGGAACUCCCAGUUCCACGACCUCACUGCUGCUGAGCGUGAUGAAUUAGGUGGUGUGGAGUACAAGGCUGUCUCAUUUCUGUCUAUUAUUGUGUUCCUUUACUUUAUCUUGUUCAUCAUGUUCGGCAUGAUCGGUGUCGGUGUCUGGCUGGAAGUUAACGAUCCCGCCGUGACGCGCACGAACGGUCUCUCGCCUUUCUGGACAGGUGCUUUCUUUGCUGUUUCUGCUUUCGUGAACAGUGGCAUGUCGCUCCUGGAUGCUAAUAUGACUGCUUUGCAGCUAAGGGCUUAUCCACUUCUCACAAUGGGAUUGCUAAUUCUUGCUGGCAAUACUCUCUUCCCAUGUUUCCUGCGGUUCAUUAUCUGGGCUAUGAGGGUCAUGCUUCCGGACCGGCCGAAGUGGCAGUCAUGGCGGAUAACCCUUGAUUUCAUUUUAGAGCAUCCUCGAAGGGUCUAUACGAAUCUCUUUCCUGCUCGCCAUACCUGGUACCUUCUCGGUACAAUUAUCAUUCUGAACGGUAUCGACUGGGCGGCAUUUGAGCUGCUGUCUAUUGGAAACAAGGACAUCGAGAGUCUUCCUACCGAGUAUCGUGUCUUGGAUGGACUAUUCCAAGCCCUAGCGGUACGCGCUGGUGGAUUCUACGUUGUAACAAUUGCCGAUCUUCGUCAGGGUCUCUUGGUUCUCUAUGUACUCAUGAUGUACGUGUCCGCGUACCCAGUAACGCUCACAAUGCGCAACACAAACGUCUACGAAGAACGCUCCCUAGGAAUUUACGCGCACGACGAAUCCCCCGACUCACCAGCAAACACAAGCCGAACCAACGUAGCAAUGGACCUAAUCAGACACCAUCUCGGCCGCCCAGGCCUAUCCGAGACUUCGCGUGGCUACUUCGUGCACCAACAGCUUCGCUCCCAGCUCAGCCAUGAUCUGUGGUGGAUCGCGCUGGCAGUCUUCUUUAUCGCCAUCGCUGAGUCUGACCAUUAUGACUCCCAGCCAGUGGCUUUCUCAACCUUCAAUAUUAUCUUUGAGGUUGUCUCUGCGUACGGCUGUGUGGGUGUCAGUCUUGGCUUCCCUGGGAAGAAUUACUCGUUCUGUGGGGCGUGGCAUACUAUUAGCAAGUUGAUUCUUGCUGCUGUUGCUUUGCGUGGUAGACAUCGUGGUUUGCCGGUGGCUAUUGAUAAGGCAAUUAUGUUACCCAGUGAGUCUUUGGCUUGGGCUGAGGAGGAGGAUGCUGCUAUGCGUAGAGAUCGAUCUAGAGCCUGGGCUCAGGAGCAUGGGCCUGUUGGGUCUGUUUAG